AAGACAAAUGAAACGAGCUAUCCCCCCCUCCAAAAAAAAUGUAGGCGGUGUGUGUCUUCACAUCCGUGUGUGAUUGAUCCAUCUCUCAUUAAGGGCGGUGCACCGUCAGGAGGACGAGCUGCCUGAUAGACUCAGCUCAGGGCAGCAACGCCCAAUGAGAGCAGGAGAGAGUGUCGGACUUCCUGGUUUGAUCUCGGCUGUGUUGUGUUGUCCUACUGCCCAAUAAAGCAGUUUUUUUAUAGAAUAGCAAGACACCUGCCUGUUUUAAGACUCGGUUCAGGUGUGUGUUAGCUUACGAGGAGGCCAAUUAGCCCCUCGUCGAAACCGAGGCGACGGCGGUGAAAACGGGAGCGGAGCUGCAGAGAGGAGCUGCCCGCAGAUCGGUGAGGUUAGCUGGGAUUGCGCUAACGGAGGGAGCGGCGGAGGGGACGCUCUCAUCCUGGAAGGGGUUUGACUUAAAAAAAAAAAAAAAGGCAGGAAACUGAGAAAGGACCUCAAGAAACUCCAGUCCACAAGCCAGGAGACUGCGAGUAUGUGGUUGGAGACACGGGUGUUGUAGGAUGAAGAGCCCGGGGCACCGCACCAGGGACAUCGAGCGGCAAGCUGGCUACCUGAAGCCCGAGCACUGCGCCCCUCCCCCGCCCCGCUCCGGCUCCGGCACCAUGUGGUUCAUCCGCGACGGCUGUGGCAUUGUGUGCGGCGUCAUCACCUGGUUUCUGGUCUUCUACGCCGAGUUCGUGGUGGUGUUCGUCAUGCUGCUGCCUGCCAAGAACGUGUUCUACAGCCUCUUCAACGGCGUGAUCUUCAACGGCCUCGCUUUCCUCGCCCUCGCCUCUCACGCCAAGGCGAUGUGCACAGACCCGGGAGCUGUGCCUAAAGGGAACGCUACCAAAGAAUUCAUCGAGAGCCUGCAGCUCAAACCCGGACAAGUGGUUUACAAGUGUCCCAAGUGCUGCAGCAUCAAGCCUGACAGGGCUCACCACUGCAGUGUGUGUAAACGCUGCAUCAAAAAGAUGGACCACCACUGUCCCUGGGUGAACAACUGCGUCGGAGAGAACAACCAGAAAUACUUUGUUCUCUUCACGAUGUAUAUUGCACUAAUAUCCUUCCACGCGCUAAUCAUGGUGGCAUUCCAUUUUGUUUUCUGCUUUGAACAAGACUGGACAAAGUGCAGUAACUUCUCUCCCCCAUCAACGGUCAUCCUCCUCAUCCUCCUCUCCUUUGAGGGCCUCCUCUUUCUGAUCUUCACUGCAGUCAUGUUCGGGACCCAGGUCCACUCCAUCUGUACCGAUGAGACGGGCAUCGAACAGCUGAAGAAGGAGGAGAGAAAAUGGGCCAAAAAGUCAAAAUGGAUGAACAUGAAGGUGGUGUUUGGACACCCGUUCUCUGUGGCCUGGCUGAGCCCCUUUGCAGCACCCGACCACGGCAAGGCGGACGUGUACCAGUACAUUGUGUGAGAGCCGGACGCUGUGCUGAGCUCUGCUGGACUCUGACGGAUCAAUCCUGGUCUGGACCUGAACGAGCAUGAACUCCUCUUAACCACUUCUACGUUUUCUUUCAUUCAUGGAUAUUCUUUUGUUGAUAUUUCAGGGUGUUUGUUCUGCUCUAAGCUUGUCAAAAUAUGCUUUUUUUCUUUUUCAACAAGUCGCAUUUUUGCUUUUUUGUGUUAUUUCUCUCUGGGUGCUGACUGAAAUAAAUGAGGUGUAGCUGUAAAAAAAAAAAAGGAAAACAAAGCUGAACAAGAAAACAAAUAAGUGGCGACAAGCACUUGAUGAGAGCUGGCGAAAGCCACCACGAGACUGAAUUCUGCCUUCUCCGGAAAAAUGUGUCCUGCAGUACGUCUGAUCAUUUCCCGCUUUUUCAAGACUAAACAAUGUGAAUUUGUAGCUGGAGUCCAGAAUGUCGUCGCUCGGAGCGGCGCGGUCCCAGUGCCGAGACAGACGUCGGGUUUUGUGUUCCUGUAAACAUUGCUGUGAUCCUGUCACUUCUUCAUCGCUGUACUUGUGUCGUCGCAAUAGUCUUCUGCUGAACGCUGUGGAUGAUUUUGCCUUGGUGAGUGGUGGCAUCUGCUGUUUUUAAAGACAUUACUAUUAUUUUUUGCCUUAAUGUGACAGUCAGGUCGGGCAGGAUCACGUCUCUUCAUACUGUUUUUAAAAUGAGUUCGUUGUAUCGUUUGAUGCCAGAUCACUGUGAAGGACAUUCAGAGGUUGUUGUGACAGAGAGCAGCAAUAGUUCAUAAUCCUUAAGAUAUUUCAGUCCUGGUUGAUUUGGCAACACCUGUGGUCGUCGUGGUAACAGCAAGUGCAAUUUUGACAUGACAGCCAGAAAUGCAACAGAAGAGUAACUGUUAACAUGUUAGCAUGCACGUCUUCUGAAGCCAGAAUAUCCCAGAUACGAGUGUGGCCAUCUUGUCCUGGUGGUUUGGUGAUGGAGCCGAGAUUACAGGCCCUCCACCUGUGCAACCACGACUUAACCGCAAGCAGGGCUCAUCUCUCCACAAUGACGAAACACCCUUUAAUUUGUAGCAUCACAUAACUGAUUCAGUCAGACUAAUCAGAAAUGGAAUAUGUGAACAUACAUCAGCGUUUUUUGUAUGGCACGUUUCCCAUCUGCUGACACGCCGGAGGUGCAGCCAGCUACCGGGGGGCGAUAGAGAGGUUUUGGCUUCACUUUGGGCGGGCUGUCAUGUCGUCCAUCUUUAUUACAGUCAUUGAUGCAGCCAAACAAGCGGGAGUUUUAUAAUUGGCUAUUUUUCAUCAUGCUUCUGUUGGCUACUGUUAUGUGAAUUUUAGGAGUUUGGCGUAUUGAGACGGACAGUUAACUCUUCUGUUAAACCACUGUAACAAUGAGAUGACAGAUUCUCAGUGUUUCAACUUAAGUGUUUUUUAAAAGCAUGAAUGGAAAACUGCACGGAAACAGGACGCUGGAACUGCCUCAAUGAGGCUGAUACCAGUGAGAAGGUUUUGAGAAAAAAUGUUGUAUCACAAUUUUAUCUUCAUUCCUGACAACUUUGCCACUAACCAUGAAAACCACUAGAGAGAAAAAAGCUGACUUCAUUCAGGCUGAAGGACUACUGCUGGAAAGACACUGACCAUAAACCGUAUAAAAAAGGAUUACGAUUUGAAUAUCGCGCACAGCAGUCUUGUUUCUCGGCUUGUACAAUACUGAAAGCGGCACUUCAGUAUAAUUCUUUCCAUCAUGUAGUUUUUUUCAGUGUCCUUCUUGUUGGUUUUCAUUAUCUGACAAAUCUGUGUGGUGAAUCUAGCUGAUCUCUUUGCAUGAAAAAAAAAAAACAAAAACAAAAAACAUUUCCAUCACGGUCACCAGCUCAGAUGGACUGUCAGGGAAUAAAGCAAUACACGUUUGCUCUCUGAAUGCACUGACCUUAAGUGUAAUUCAGUCGCUCACAAUUGAUGGGAUUAGGUGUAAUUUGGGGGGAAAAGAAGCCUUAAAGAAUAACAGUGGACAAUGUGGCCGCCAGUGUGAAGAGAGGAGAAGAGAUAGGAAACAGGCCACUUCAAAGCAUUUAAGACUAAAAAUGCCUUUGCCUUCGUCUGCGUUUGAAAGCCUUAUCGCAAUUUUAAAAAAACAAACAAAAAAACAUGGGUGAUGAAAGACACAUUUGAACAAACGUGAUGCCAAAUUGAAUUCUAUACAUGAAGAGAGCCGCUGAGGUAACUGUUAAAAGAGUAGAGCACGUUCAAGAAGGACAUUUUCUUAGGCUUGGGAGUUUUUAAAAAAAAUAAACAUUACCAACAUAUUGGGAUGCAACAGUUGCUUUCCAGUUUACACAUACAGGACACCAGCUUUCUUCUUUUUAUUUCUUGAAUUGUUCAACAUGUUCUUUGAGGUCAGGUAUGAAUAUGUACUGUGGACCACAAUGUUUAUUAUUUUAUUUUUUUUCUUUUCGAUUGUGGUGUUUGUUUUAAGGGGAAUGAAAUAAAACUCUACGUAUGUGACACA